AUUUGUUUUAUGUUAUGGCCACGCCCCUUUAGCGUCGCUGUACUGAAACCCCUGUACUUUAGUGAAUGCCCACCACUCCUGCAUUGUGAAGCGGAAGGAGCUCACUCCUGUUACAAGAUGGCAAUGAAAUUAGCUUACUGGGAUAUACGUGGGCUUGCUCAACCAAUCCGUCUGCUGUUGGAAUACACUGGAACUACGUAUGAGGAGAAAGCCUAUUCUUGUGGUGAAGCUCCCAACUACGACAAAAGCUGUUGGUUUGAUGAGAAAAACAAACUUGGAAUAAACUUUCCUAAUUUGCCCUACCUUGAGGACGGUGACAAGAAAAUAGUCCAAAGCAAUGCCAUAAUGAGAUACAUCGCCCGGAAACACAACCUGUGUGGGGAAACUGAAGAAGAGCAGGUGAGAGUUGACAUCUUGGAGAAUCAGGCGAUGGACUUCAGAAAUGGUUUUGUGCAGCUCUGCUAUGGAGACUUUGAUAAAAUUAAACCAUGUUACAGUGAGGCACUGCCAGGAACUCUAAAGCAGUUUUCGGACUUUCUUGGGGACAGGAAGUGGUUUGCUGGAGACAAGAUCACAUUUGUGGACUUCAUCAUGUAUGAGUUGUUGGAUCAACACCGUAUGUUUGAGGCCCCAUGCCUGGAUGACUGCAAAAACCUACGAUGUUUUUUGGAUCGUUUUGAGAGUUUGGAGAAGAUUGCCGCAUACAUGAAGUCAAGCAAGUUCAUAAAAGCUCCUGUGAACAACAAGAUGGCAAAAUGGGGAAACAAGAAGGAGUGAAAAUGACAGGAUUCUUUUUUUCUUGAUUGUUAUAGUAUUAGGUAAUUAAAUCUGAGUUGAAGUGCACCUGUGGUGAUUUAUUUUUUGGUACCACUGUUUUAAAUCUUUCUGAUAAGUGAGCGAUGUAAGGAUAAUUUGUUACAGGUCACAUUAUAAGCAUUAGGCAUAGGCACUGAUUUUACAAAACUAUAAGAAAUAUUAGUUGUUGUUGUCUAUAGAAAUAGUGUAGUUGAAAAGCACUUGUUUGAAUUAAAACCAUUCAUUGGCAAGUGUUGCACCAUAUUUUGAUUCCAUGAAAAGAAAAAGCCUUUUACUCUUUUAAAAGAGAUUUUGCUGUUUGAAUUCCUUACAUUACAACUGGGGGGGAGGAGAGCAUUAAAUGCAAUACUUUUUUGAGUCA